AUGGGGAAGCGUCCACGUGGCUGCGCGGAAGGAGGAGGGCUGAACAGAGGAGCAUGGACGGUUCAAGAGGACAAGUUACUGACUUCUUACAUUGAGACACACGGCCAAGCCAAAUGGACACGCAUCCCUAAGGAGCUGGCUCAGAUGGUUAACUAUCUCGGGCCUGAUAUUAAAAGAGGCGGCAUUACACAAGAUGAAGAAGAACUCAUCAUUAGGCUUCAUAAGCUUCUUGGUAACAGGUGGUCUCUCAUAGCUGGAAGGCUACCUGGCCGAGCAGACAAUGAAAUCAAGAACUACUGGAACACCACUUUGGCCAAAAAGCUCAGAACACAGGCAUGUUCAAUAUCUGAACAACAUGGAACAAUGAGAUCAGCAGUAAACAAUAAACCUGAUGUACCAAUCUAUGAGAUGAGAGAGGUUACAUGCAACUGGGUUAAAGUUAAAGGCAGUAAUAUGUAUUUUGGCCAAAAGGAUAUUAAAGAUCUGCGUUCCGCGGGGUUUGACCCACAAUAUGAUGCCUUGCUGGAAUUCACGACGGGCCAGCAUCUGAUGCCAAUUCGUAUAUUGCGCUGCUCAGCUAACAUUGCACAUGACAGUCCUCAAUGGAACCAGUUCAGACCAUUAACUUAA